CGUUUCGCGCGCACAUAUCAAUUGGCUAAAAAGCGACGCAGGUACGACAUUGCUAUAUAAGUUGGGAAUUUUGUUAGUUUAAAUUCAGAAUUUAAUGAAGACACAGCUAAGAAGGAACAUCUUGAAGAAAACUUAAGCAACUUUAAGUGAUAAAAGAAGCAAAAUGAACCAGGUCUCUCUAGCAUUCAUUACUACAUUAGUGACGUACUGCCUGAUCUGCUCUGAUGCAUUUUAUAUAAAUGACGAUGAUGAAACGCCUUCCGAACCAGGCUACAGAGAUGUUCUUGAUCUCGACACAGGAGGCAAUGCUGGGUUAAGGAAGUUAUUACUGAAAAAACUUCGGUUUAGAGAUGUACUUAAAGAGCACAUGAAGCCACCAGAGGAAAUCCUUGAAAACACAAACGAGGCUGCUGACUCGAAAGCGAGACAUAAAGCCGCUAAGCGACAUCAAAUGGAAGAUUUAAUGUCACGUGUUCAACAAUAUAUAAGCCACAUGAAGGAGCGACAGAUUAAGGAAUCAAUGUCGUUACCAAGUCUACGAUUCGGACGAUCUGGUAUCAACUGGAAAGACAUCCAUUAGCUGUGAUAAAUGAACAUAAACAACAAUCUAGUCAUAAAAAUAUAGAAAUCUAUAUUUAUCUAUAUUGAAUAUUCCUUAUUUCUACAUUGUGGGUCUUAUUAGAAACACAGACAAAAAUAGACACAAUAUAAAUCAAUGGAAAUUGACUAAACUAGAUAUAAAUAAACAUGACUUGGAAAAUGCUACAACGUUGACAUAUUUGGAUAAAUUGUUCAAUGUGUUAUUUUAACACCUAAUAAAUACUAAGUUUCGAUCUGAGCGUCCUAUGUCAGGUUACUCAUACAUAUUUAUUCUCGUGUUUGUUUACUAUUGUGAAGAAUCUUUAGGCAUCUUAUUUAUCCAUAAUAAAAAUAUACAAAAAGUUAAUUUGAACGCGCCUACAGUUAGUUUUAUGUACAGAAUAAACUCGUUAUUACCAUUUGUCAUUACAUGAAAUCAAACCGUCUAUUAAAUAAAUUUCAUCCUACUGAAAAAAUGUGUUUUGGGGGAAUAAAGUUUUCAAGUUAGAUUUA